CCAAACGGGCCCUUAUAUGUAGCUUCCCCAACUCAUUUGGCGCUUCCAGUGAGUUUUGUAUCGCUGGAAGCUUGCUUCCAUUCACUCGCCAAUUCGGGAUGGGGACAGGAAGACAAAGGAAGAACUUCAUACCUAGUGGAAGUGCAACUCCUGCUUCAAUUCCGGCAACCAGCCAUGUAAAUAACAGAAAUUUGAUGAAGAAUCAUCUUGGUGGUGUCAUAUUUGGCUGCAAUAACACCACCAUAAAGGAAUGUCUUUCCAAACAGCUCUUUGGCUUGCCAGCUGAACACUUUAUGUACGUAAAGAACAUUGAUGCAGGCCUAGCAUUAUUUCUAUUGAACUACAGUAACAGAAAACUUUAUGGAAUCUUUGAGGCUGCUAGUUCAGGCCAAAUGAAUAUUGAUCCAUAUGCAUGGACCACAGAUGGUUCAGAUAGAACGAAGUAUCCAGCUCAGGUUCAAAUUCGUGUCCAGUUGCAGUGCCAACCACUGCCUGAAGAACAAUUUAAGCCUGUAAUUAGUGACAACUACUAUAAUGGAAGCCACUUUUGGUUUGAGCUAGACCAUGCUCAAGCAAGUAAAUUGAUGUCCUUGCUAUCAUCCCGGCCUACUGCUGCAAGUACUGUGGCUCCUCAGAAUACAAGGUGGAGAUAUCCAUUCCUAAAUGUACCCUCAAAUGAUAGUAGGGAUGAAAUUGAAGAUGAGCAACUGAUGAAGAAAGAGGAGGACCUUAUAUACAUGAAGCUAAGAGAAUUGACUCAUAAUCGGAAGUACUCAGACCUGUCUUCAAUGAGGGCAGAAGAUGCCACUCCCGUAAAUGAUGUGCGCACAUGGCAUAAUGAUGUUACAGAGGCACAAAUCAGUUUUGCAAAAGGGAAUGAAAAAAGAAAUUUUGACUCAUUUGAUUAUCCUUCUGUCAUAACUCUGUUAAUCCAAGGAAUGGAAGAAUUGAAGGCUUUUAAAAUAGAUCAAAAUCAAAAGCUGAGUUGCCUGGAGAAUAAGCUGGUUGAGGCAGAGCAAGAAAUUGAAAGUCUCAAAUGUAGGUGUAAGACUUUGGAAUCUAAAUCACUUCCUUUAACGACAAAGGUUGAUGAAAUGAAUAUGGAGUCACAAAAUGAUUGUGAACAAGAUAUUGGCGAGUUGAUAUUCCUUGUGGGAGGUUACGAUGGCAAGUCAUUGUUAUCGGCAUUGGAUUCCUACUCCCCCAUGCAUGAUGUGAUAAUGCCCCUACAGUCUAUGAAUAUCGCUCGUUCUUAUGCCUCUGUUGCAAUAUUGAAGGAUGAGCUUUACAUAUUUGGUGGUGGAGAUGGAAGCUUAUGGAUUGACACAGUUGAAUCAUAUGAUCUACCCAAUAAUCAGUGGACUAUGCGUCCACCAUUGAAUGUCAAAAAGGGAUGCUUAGCUGGUGCUACUCUAAAUGACAAAAUUUUUGCAAUUGGUGGUGGAAAUGGGACUGAAAGCUUUGCUGAUGUUGAAAUGUUUGAUAUAGAUGUUGGACACUGGAUUUCUACACGGUCAAUGCUACAGAAGAGAUAUGCUCUUGCUGCUGCAGAACUUAAUGGUGCACUCUAUGCUGUUGGUGGAUACAACGGGACAAAUUACUUAAAGUCUGCUGAAAGGUUUGACCCCAGAGAACACUCAUGGCACAACAUUGGGAGUAUGAACACACCGAGGGGAUGCCAUUCACUAGCAAUUUUGAAUGAAAAGAUAUAUGCUAUCGGUGGUUAUGAUGGAACUGCAAUGAUUCCAAGCACCGAAAUUUUCGAUCCUCGUGUCGGCUCAUGGAUGACUGGGGAGCCAAUAAACCAGUCUAGGGGAUAUUUUGCUGCUCCCGUUUUGAAGGGAUCUAUAUACUUGAUUGGAGGGGUGGAAUCAGGCGAAACCAUUAUAGAAACUGUUGAACGUUAUGUGGAUGGCCAGGGAUGGCAAGCGACCAAUCUGGGUGCCAUCGGAAAAAGAUGCUUCUUGUCAGCCAUCAGUUAUUUGAAUGGCUGAAAUUGAAGGUCAGACUAUCACAGUACCUGCUUUAAGUGUUCAUUCAUUUGACCAUUGCAAGGCUAAAGGAUAGAGAUGGUAUGGUAGGAUUGAUGUAGUAAUCAGUUUGUAGUUGCCUGUUUUUCCUUUUCUGUCUGUCAAUAUAUAUAUAUAUAUAGUUUUAUGGAAGAACGUUGUCGUUUUGAUCCGGUGAAUGAUGCAUGAUACAUGCAGCUAUGACACAAGUUGUAUGGAAGGAGAAUGAUUUUGCUUUCUAAUUG